CCCAAUUCCCACCAGCCACACUGCCAACAACCAAGCUAUACGGGAGCAUUGCUCCAUUCCCCCUCCCCAAACAACAUUAUCUUCAUCACAGAAUACAUCCUGAUUAUUCUGGCAGACGCAUUCGCUGUACUCUCAUCCUACUCCGCCCACGAUGGCGCCCCAACCACUCUCCAUCACCUCCGACCUGUCGGGCCUCUCGCCCAUGGCCGUCCACGAUCUCCACCUCGCGAAGCGUGCAGAGUAUAAGGUCAACCCCGGCAAGGGAGCAAAGCCCGCAAACGAGAUCAAUAAUCUAGGCUUUCAGGUGCUCUUCGCUCUGAUCGGGGUCGGCAUGGUGCUUACGGCGCUCUGGUUCUUCUUCUGGGCAAAGAACGGCGGCUUCAAGUGGAGAAAGAACGACUGGGAGGACUACAAGUCCACAGUUCUGCGGCGCAAGGGUCCAGACGGAAAGACUCUCAGCAAUGCUACCAAGAGCACGAAGCUGGGCGGUGGCAGCGUUGUCCAUGGCGGCAGCUACGGCGCAGCGACCAGCGUUGGAUACACCGAUGAGACGGGAACCACGGCAGACUUCAGCGAAAUGCGGGAGGUCGAAGAGGGCAAAUCCCGCCGGCACUUUGGUCUUCGAGGUGGUGACGAGAAAAAGAAGAAGAAGAAGCACCAGAGCCGCGAGCACACCAACAACUACAAGGACCCUGAACUUCGCGAGUAUCGCGAAGAGCGCCCUGCACGCGUUGGAGGCAUCAAUCGCCAGGCUGACGGCAUGUACACCGAUUACUCUGCUACUGAACCCUCCGAACUCGGAUCCAACGUCUCCGGCCGCCCCCUCGUUAAGGAUAAGGAUAAAGAGAAGAAUCCCAAGGACAAGAAGAAGGAAGCCAAGGAAAAGGAGCGUCGGGCAAAGGAGCGCAUGAGGAAGGCCCAGCUUGCUGAAAAGGAGGCUGCUAAGAACGCCGCCGCCGAAGCCAAAGCACAGAAGGCGGCCGAGAAGGCCAAGGCAAAGAAAGAGAAAGAGGAGCAGAAGAAGGAGAAGAAGACGAAGAAGCCCAGAUGCACCGAGACCGAGGCUACACCCUCCGAAGCUCCCGCGAUGACCGAAGUCACUGCCCCGUCUGAAGCUCCAGGCCCAGCUCGUCGUGGUCCUCCUUCCGGCGCAUACUCCUUCACAACUGGCGACGAUCAGACCGUCUACACUGGCAUUUAUACCGAGAACCGCACUGCCCCGUCCGAGGGAAUUCCAGAAUCCUCUUACUACUCCGACUACCGCCCCAACGCCGACCCCGGCGCCUCCUCUCGCUCCCGCUCAGCCCAUAACCGUGAAUCCCGCACCCGCUCCCGUCCCUCUUCUCAGUCACCCCGCAAGCACCACCGCACCUCGCGCCAGCCCGCUCCCUCCGACAUAUUCACCCAAGCGAACGGCGACGUUCAAGGCACUAUUGCCUACCCUUGCCACAUUCCGGGCUUGAGCUCCGCUGGCAGUGUCGGCGUGAGCGAGAGCGUCAGCCAGGUCGGUGGGCCAAGCAGUGCGAGGCGACAACGGGAUGUUAUGGAUGGGUAUCGGAGGGGCGGCGUGAGGGCCGUUGGCAGGAGGGAUUCGUUGAGCGACAGUGACGCUUGAAGGAACGGCUUUGUGGAACAGACUGCAUCAUCGGCGUUGGCGCAAGGCUAUCUUACGGGUUUCGAGCGACGCCAUCGAGAUUGUGCAUAUUGUACAGCGAACAAUGGCAGGAUACCAAUGAACGGGCAGUGUUCCGGGCAUGGGAUAACGCAGUGUAUGUAUGUAGAACAAUGAACAGACCAACAAAUGACAUAUCGGAACGCAACCCCUCGCCGAUCAAGUGUGCCCGCAUGCAGAAUGCAAAACG